UUGGCUCAAGUACUUGUGACGGCGGCGGAGAUACAGGCUUUCGGUUCCGAUGUUCUCUAGGUUUUUUCAGACCGCCGGGCGCGCAAGCGCAAGCGGCGCAAGCCGCGCGCUCGAGGUGCAAACGCGCAAUGCCGCCACGUUGAAGACGCUGUCCAUCCGAAUGCGCGCCAUUAAGAACAUGCAGAAGAUCACCAAGGCAAUGAAGAUGGUGGCCACUGCCAAGUUCAAGAAGGACAUGCGAACCAUGGAGAAUGGCUUGCCCUUCGCCCUUCCGGUGCUGAAUUUGUUCCAGCGCCUCCCCGUGGAAGACAAGGCGGGCGCCAUCACCUACGUGGCCGUUACCUCGGACAAGGGUCUCUGCGGCGGCGUGAACACAGCUGUGGCGAAGCAGGUGCGGCUGGGCAUCAGCGCGGAGGAAGCCAAAGGCAACAUCUCCAAGAUUGUGGUGGUGGGCGGCAAAGGUGUCGCUGCUCUGAAACGACUGUACGGAGAUCGUUUCAGCAUGAGCUUCGAGGAGUGUUCCAAGGUGCCCUUCACCUUCGCCACCGCCUCGCUGAUCGCAGAGCGCUUGAGUGCCAGCGGGCCGGCGCGGUGCAAGGUGGUGAGCAACGAGUUCAAGAGCAUGGUUUCCUACGACACUGUGGUGAAGCACACCUUCACAGUGGACGAAGCGCACACCAUGGACAAAGGUGAGUGGACCAAAGCGAUGGACGUCUACUCCUUUGAGCCCUCCAUUUAUGAGGUUUGGCAAGACCUGCAUGAGUUUUACUACGGCUGUGUCAUUUAUGGAAGUUUCAUUCAAAGCGUCACGACAGAGACGGCCCAGCGGAUGAAUGCCAUGGAGAAUGCCAGCAAGAACGCUGGUGAGAUGUAUGGGAAGGUCGAGUUGCAGUACAAUCGCGCGCGACAGGCCAAGAUUACCACGGAGCUCUGUGAGAUUAUCAGUGGAGCCUCCGCGGUGUAGGUGGCGACGGGAAGGAAAUGUGAGUUGAUGGUUGGUUAUUUGAAUAGAAAAAGCCUGAUAUUUUUGAUAGCAAUCCCAUGGACGCAGGGGCUGCCAGGGGACUCGCAGAUCAUUUCUUGUCAUGGACAGUG